UAGCCACUUGAAAUGGUGGAAGUCGCAGUGGUUGGUUCGUCUCUCUAGGGUUUAAACCUCCGCCAUGAAGAGUAACGUCUCCGGCGAUCGUCUAACAAUUACGCGACGCAACACGCGAUCAAGGAAAUCAGAGGAGGAUGGAGGAGAAAGCUCGUCAUCCUCAAUGCCGAUCCCAAUCGAUCUCGUUUUCGAGAUAUUCUCGAGGUUGCCGUUGAAGUCUAUAGCGACAUGUCGUUGCGUGUCGAAGCUCUGGUCCUCCAUACUCCGCCGUCCAGAUUUCACAGAAUUGUUCCUGACCAGGUCUUCUGCUCGGCCGCAAAUCUUAUUCGCCGGGAGGAGAGACGGUGAGCUCUUCUUCUCCUCAUCAUCGGAGCCUAAAGUUCCGGUAUCGAACUCGUCUCCUUUAGUUCCCUAUCAUGCGCGUUUCACCUUUGAUAGUUCCUCUGAAAUUCGAGGUCAUGUCCAUGGUUUAGUCUGUGUUGAAAAUAUUCGGAUCUUAGAGGGGAAAAAGGAAAUAGUGGUGGUGUUAUGUAACCCUAGCACGGGACAAUCUUUAACCUUACCCAACUUGAAGACAAGGAUAAUUGGGGUAAGGAGCUUGUUUGGGUAUGAUCCGAUUGAUAAACAAUACAAGGUAUUGUCAAUGACACGACCAAGGGUUGAAGACGAUGUGGAGUGUGAGGAUCAUCAGGUUCUAACACUAGGAGGAACUGGAAACCUGUCAUGGAGAACAAUCAAGUGUUGCAUACCACAUUAUUAUUUGAUGUGGUCAUCGACCCAGCAAACCAUCACAAAGAGACCCCAAUGACCUUAGACAAACCAGACGGCCCAUCCGAAGCCGAGAGAUAUCUUAUAGAAGCUGAACCGGAGAAAACAAUGGAGCAUAAAGGCGAGCCCAACAGAAGCAGGGAUGAAAACUUGGAGUUUCACCAACAAAAUGCCAUCAAUGAAGGAUAUGAUCGAGCCAAAACACUUUUGGGUCGACCCAUAAAUGAAGAUUCUCAAGAAUCAACUCAAACUCUUUGCCAAAGCAUGUUCAAGCCACCCAAGAAGACCCAUGCGCCUUAUUCAGCACUGAUGAAGUCCGAGAUCAAGUGGUCCAGCUCGACCAACACUUGUAUUACAUUUCUAUCUCACCCAGUGAACGCCUCGAAGUGGAAUCAGUCCAAUUGGAGCUCAGAAGAAGGAGUUAUUCAGUUUACAAAUCAGGUGAUGUCUAACUUCCACGAUUUGGACAUACGUGCCGUAAUUGAAGGUUUCCGAUUGAACCAGAAUGAUUUAAGCUGUAAACCGACUUGUUCCCGAUUCUUGACUCAUCAUAGAAUCAGAGACAAUUGAAAUCAAACCAAUACCGGUUCUGGUUGGGAAGUUAUUCAUUUUACAAGUUGGAAGAUCCGUUUCAGACCCAACUGCGCAGCUAGGCUGAAGAUCGUGCUCUACAGCCCAACUCAUCCAUGUUCUCAGCCCAAAAUUACUUGGAGAAUAUUAUUUGGUCUUUCUUUGAUCCAACAAGCUCAAGAUCCGAAGAAUUGCCCGUUGGAUCCUCAAGUUACACUCAAUUUCCCAAAACGGGUUGACUUGGUUCUAUUUAUGGCAGGUCCGAGCUCUGACUGGUUUAGUUCGCUAUCUACAAAGGUUUGGCGCCCAGGAGAGACUCUAAGGCAACUAAGGAAGCUUAGAAACACCUUCCCAUGCACCAGCACCCACAGGAUCAGGCGGAUCCUUCUGCAACUUCACUUGCCAUAUAUAGAUGCAUUAACACUUUGAGGAAUAUCUCACCAACAGCUCUUUUCUCUUGAAUGCUACAACUUGGACGUGUUUUAUGAAGAAACUAAUGUGCCAGAGAAGCUCACCUAUCCCCUCAAACCGUCCAGAUCAAAGGCUACAUCACUUCCUCUACUUUGGCCGAUUCUCGCCAUAAUAGCUCCAACGGCUAUAUUCUCUUAUUGCUAAGAUUUCUUUUCUUAUUUUUAGAGUUUAGAACAUUGUAAGAGCUCUAUAUAAAGCUCAUUAUAUCAUUUGUACAAAUCACCAUUCAAUCUUAAAGUAA